AUGAUCAAGCUCUCGAUCAGCCACGCCAUCGCGCAAAGCACCAAGCUCUGUCUCUUUGAAGAGCGCAUGAGCGAGACAAUGCUCGACGCACAACACGUGCCGAAGAGGCUCGCACUGACGGGCGAGCUCAACAUGACGCGAACCGAGAUCCUCAAGAUCCUCGGCCGGCUGUUCAAGAGUCGCGUGGAUAUCAACCUCUCAUCCAACAUCCUCGACGUGCCCAACUUCUUCUGGGACUCGGAACCCACCCUCAACCCCCUCUACGUCGCCAUCCGCGAGUACCUCGAGAUCGAUCCCCGCAUCAAAGUCCUCAACGAACGUUGCCGUGUCUUCCUCGACCUAGCCGAGAUCCUCUCCGACUCGGUUGCAGACUCCAAGAUGAGCUACAUCACCUGGAUCGUCAUCAUCCUCAUCGUUAUCAGUAUCCUCGUCACACUGACAGAAGUCGGCUUGCGCUUCAUCCUGCUGAGCAAGAACAGCGACGAAGGCGGUAAAAAGCCCGGCGAGACCGCCGUGCGUAUGCUGCUCGACGUGCCCCAGGUGGAUGUUGGCAUCGGCGGACUAGCCGGGGAGCUGCAGGGCAGAAACGUCACCAUCGAGGACGUGAGGCGGUGGAGCCGUCUGCUGGGCGAGGCAGACCUGUGCGGCAGCCAGAUCGUGGGUGAGACGUUCAAGGGCGUCUGA